AAUUGCUGGUUGGUAGCCAUGUCUUUUCAAGUUGUGGCUCCAUCUGUGUUUUGCAGAGAAACUACCCGCACGUCUUCUCUUUCAUUUGUGUAAAUAUGGCGGUUGGAAAGAAUAAGGGACUGUCGAAAGGAGGCAAAAAGGGUGUUAAAAAGAAGAUUGUCGAUCCCUUCACCCGCAAGGACUGGUACGAUGUCAAGGCGCCGACUAUGUUCGCGACCCGCCAGAUCGGCAAGACUCUGGUUAACCGCACACAGGGAACGAAGAUCGCCUCCGAAGGUCUGAAAAAUCGUGUCUUUGAAGUGUCGCUCGCCGACUUACAGAACGACAACGACGCCGAGAGAUCAUUCCGUAAAUUUAAGCUGGUCGCCGAGGACGUACAAGGUAACACCGUCCUUACCAAUUUCCACGGUAUGGAUUUGACCACCGACAAGUUACGUUCCAUGGUUAAAAAGUGGCAGACGUUGAUCGAGGCGUCGGCCGAUGUUAAAACGACUGACAACUAUUUACUUAGGGUGUUCUGCAUCGGUUUUACGAAUAAGGAUCAAUUGUCCCAGAAGAAAACUUGCUACGCUCAGCAUACUCAGGUUCGUCAAAUUAGGAAGAAGAUGAUUGAGAUCAUCACCCGCGAUAUUACCGGAAGUGAAUUGAAGGAGGUCGUCAACAAGUUGUUGCCAGAUUCUAUCGCUAAGGAUAUUGAAAAGGCGUGUCAGGGAAUUUAUCCGUUACACGACGUUUACAUUCGCAAGGUGAAAGUAUUGAAGAAGCCCAGGUUUGAAUUGUCAAAGCUGCUCGAGUUACACGGCGAGGGAGGCAAGACGUCGUCUUCUGAACCGGCGGAAGUUGGAAGUAAAGUAGAUCGACCUGAAGGUUAUGAACCACCUGUACAGGAGUCCGUGUAAUUUAUAGAACUAAUAAAAUAUUUCUAUGUUUU